AUGGCCUGCUACGACCUCUGCCGCCCCUGCGGACCCACCCCGCUGGCUAACAGCUGCAACGAGCCCUGCGUCAGGCAGUGCGAGGACUCACGCGUCGUCAUCCAGCCCUCCACCGUCGUCGUCACCCUGCCAGGACCCAUCCUCAGCUCCUUCCCACAGAGCACCGCCGUCGGGUUGCCCGUCCCCCCCGGAGGCUUCGGCUUCGGCUACGGCUUGGGAGGCCUGGGCUGCUUCGGGGGCAGAAGAGGCUGCUACCCCUGCUGA